AUGCCUGCUUUUCGCAGCCAUGAUCCGGCUCGUAAAUUUCAUUGCGACGUGCUAGGAUGCUCAGCCUCCUUCGUCAAGCGAGCGCACUUGCGCAGACACGAGAUGACGCAUACCCAGAGGCGCGACUUUACCUGUCCCGGAUGCAAUCGCGCAUUUUCACGCAACGACAGCAUGGCGCGCCAUCUGCGUCGAAAGCAUCCCCAUCUCUACCGCUCACCCGAGGCUCCCUCUGCUUCCUCGACAACACCCGCUGAGCGCCUCUAUACUGGCGCUGCGCCUGGCGCCGCCGCCUCGUCGAAUUUUGUCUCUACAAGCAGCUACAGCAUGUUGGCGCUCCGAUCACCGUUUGAAAGCGCCUUCAACAGUAACAACAGCGCAUACCAGCGUAGAGCACAUGACCCACGCACCCUACCCGAUCCGCUCGCACGAACCGCCUCGUUUCCCGACAUCUACAGCCGCGAUGGCGCGACUCACUCACCCAAGGGCAUCUCCUCAGCCCAUUGGCGUGACAGCUCCCGCGCGCCAGAUGCCGCCUUCCUGCCCGGCGCGGCUCCACCUGAGGAUGGUAUGCGCCCUUAUCAGAACAGGACGAGUUACUCGAUCAAAGAAGAACCGAGUUGCCAGCCUUCGUACAGCACACCGUCGCUCUUUUCCAACACCUCUGAGCCAAUGGAUCGUGUUGGUCCAACGCGAAGGGCAUCUCACGACCAGAGCACCUCCAUGUAUAGGUCCAACUGGAUGCAAGCGUCCGACUUUGACCACGGAGCCAGCCAAGCUCCGCUUCCGUCGCAGUUCCCCUGGGAACGCCAAGAUGGCCAGACGAACUAUGUUCAUCCUAGUAGUCACGCGGGAUGGUCGGGUGCAGUAGGAGCCAUGGGCCUCGCAUCAUUUCCACCAUCGGACCACGGUCGACGUGGCUAUAUCGACCCGAGUUUUGCCUCCUCCGCUACACCGUCUGGGCUUCCCUCAUUUGGUGAGCUGCCUCAUUUGGCAGACUUUCCGACGCAGACGGAGAUGCUCCAGUCUGAAUUCUUCGUGGGCGCGAUGCCUUCGAGACACGGUGACGAGUGCUGGGCCAGUCUCGAUCCGUCCAUGCUCACAGCGCAGGGUGCCGAGCGCGUGCGCGUCGAAUCGGCCACCGAGCACGGCCAAAAUUGUUCUCAUGCUUGUCCUAUACCUGCUGGCUCCGGCGCAUCUCCUUGCGAACGCUCGACCAUGGCGGCCGAUACCUGCUUUCCCGUCGACUUUCGCAAUCUUAGCGAGAACGCUGCUCCUGUCGCCCCGCCCAAUGCAGAACAAGUCGAACGAAUCAUGGCCGAUCUCGGCAUCGACCUAGGCUCCAGUCAAUCAUCAGCCAUCGACCCAUCGCGCACUUUUUCUUCGCAAUCAUGCUUCGCGCAGCAGCCAGAGACCAGUAUGGCUGCGGCGCCUCUGAUACCUUCACAAACCGCAGUGUCGGCUGCAUGGGCCGGUGAUCGGUUUGCACCAUCCGCCUCGUCGUAUCACCAACACUCAUUCUCUCAAGCCCAAUCGUCGCAGAGCUCUGCCUACCUGCCAUCGCUGACCGCAUCUCAAAGCGAAGCGCUUGGUCCGAACGCAACUUCUCGUCGAAGGUCGAUGGAGCGUUCUUGGAGCUCGGCAUCAAUGACGUUUGACAACAAUUCGCAAACUCACGUCCAUCGAAGUGGUACCCAAAGCUAUGCUGGCGAGUCGCAUGACACCCUUAUACAACCAGUCGAGGAUUCCAACGUCAAGGGCGAAGCGCAAGAGACUGUUGGCAUGUCCUUAUACUCAGACCCAAAUUUCAACAAGCCUCAUGAAUCGUCCCCUUCGCAGAGGGCUGCCAGGGUCGAAGAAGGCGAAGAGAAGUCUGCUCGCAACGGAGACAGCCUGCACCAAGCUACUCCGUUGCCAAAUGUCCCACGUCCAACAGCCUCUGACUCGAAAGACGUGGCCAUGAAUUCACCAACGGAUAAUGGUAGACAUCCAGACAUUGCCGCUACCAUUGCAUCCGACAACGCUGCGACUUCGACAAGAUCCGCAGGUCAAGAUCAUGUCUCGUUCGCAGACGCAGUCGACAAGAGUCAGGCCGAGGUCGACAAGGGUCUUGCGCCCUCGAAUCAUCAACAACAACAUGCUUCCGCUUCCACUUCCGCUUCCGCCUCCGUCUCAACGUCAGCGGUGAGUGGCGAUCAAUUGCAGUUGGUCGUGGAUCGUUUUCGUGCGUUCGCUCAGCUGUGCCAAAACCACCUGCAUCCAUCGGUCGAGAUGCUCGAGUCUUUAACACCGCUGAUCCCCAAGGUGAUUCGUACAGCUGCUCCGAUUUAUCAUCCAUUCAUGCUCGGACAACAAAAAGCUCACAGCUCGGAAGAGGCAUUUGCGCUCCUGUCUCUGGCAUCGCUGCAAAGCACCAUUCCCAACGUUGCCGAGGAAGGGCACCGAUUGAUCUGUUUCCUGUUCGGCUUGGUGGUAUUGUCGUGUAGACACACUCUUCAUCUUGGCGCCAAGUUGCAGUGCUUCUUGAACUGCUUUCUUCUUGUCGGCAUGUAUGGCAUGCGUCAGCACACACCUGAUCUCUGGCACAAAUUCGAGCAAAAUCGCGAGUCGAUUCUCUUGGACGUGCUCAAGGUGGAGACGCGCUCGUCGACAUUUGAUGUCGCCUUGGAUCGGAUCGAUACAGACAGUCUGGAUCAGCUCGAUGAACAAGAGCUGUCUGAGCUGUGGUCGCUUUGGUAUGAGCACGAGAGCCGCAAGAGGACGCUUCUUCUGUGUGCGAUUUUAGACUCGCAGUCUUCGUGUUACUUUUCGCCUUUCGAAAUCGACCUCUCGGCUCGGCUCGAGGGACCACGCUGUCAAUUCGUGUUUGCACACGUCCACGAGCCGUGUCCAGACUCGGUGUUUUUCGCCUGGCCGCCGAAAGUGUGGAAGAGUCGACUGGCCACCAGCACCUCUCUGCCUUCCUCGAAGGGUGCCAAGGUCGCUUUUUCGGAUGGCAAGCCUGUUUCAAUCGCAGCCUGUCUUGCAGAGCAGUUGCUCAGACCACAUGUGGCGAACCAGCCCGCAACUGUUGCUCCACCGCGCUUUCGCAGCUCCUUCGAUUUUGGUGCCAGCAGGAGCAGCACUCAGGCUUCGAAGCCUUCGCGUUCGCAUGCUGAUAAUGCGGAACGUACAUUUAGUGCAGUGACAGGCGCUUUUGUCGAGGUCACAGAGCCGUCAAGCUCGUCAGCGCGCUCUAGCCGGCGUCCAUCGCAUGCCGAUGUACAGGAUGCAGAGAGCGAGACGCCCACGGCGACGUCCGAGGUUCGGAUCGUACCGCAAUUGUACAUGUCGGCGCUGUUGGAGGCUGUGCACGGAGCAUGGAUGGUGGACAGCGGCUGGUAUCAGACGCCAGCAUGGGGCACAGGCGCUCUACCCGAACAGCUCGAAAUCGACGCGGACCACUUUGACAUUCAGAGCGCAAGCUUGAUCGACCUUCCUGGUUGGCGGAUCGGGCGCACUUUGCACGCCACGCGAGUAGCGCACGCUCUGAUGAACUGGUCCGAGAUGUUCAGCGGCUCGAAAAAUGGCUGUCACACAAACAGUGACGAGGCUGCCGCAGGACUCGGUCUCAAAGUCACCGACGACGCGCAGCAGUUGACGAUUCGAUGGCAGACUAUCUUUUUGGGACUAUGUGCUCCGCUGCAGUCGCUUUGCUUCUACUUGGCUACGAGCAAACGUAGUUCUGCAAUCGAUCAGGAGCGGCAUGAAAAGAUUGCGCUGCUGCUACAGGUUUGGGCCGAAUCUCCAUACUGUCGGAGGGCGCUUGUGCAUGCAGGCACGAUCUUGACGCUACUUUGCGCCGCGAGGACAAAGUGCAAAAAGGAGAGGCUGGCGCCUGCUUCGUCGCAUGCGGUGUACAUGUCUUUGGUGGUGCUAGUAUGUACGAUCAAACUCCUUGACGAAAAGCGGUCAUCACCGCAAUCUACCAAUUCGAUCGGCGAGCACGUAUGCGAAGAGCUGAUCCCAGCCAAGCAGGCGUGGCCCCAUCUGGUCUUGACCGUAGACCAUGACAAUCAAGCGAAGGUGGGCGACGCCAAAGAGAGCCGGAACGACACUGGUACGCCGACGCCGACGCCGACGCCAACGCGCAGCCAAGAUUGGCUACGCGUGCAAUUCUGGCAUCGCAAGUUUCAGUAUCUCGGGCUUGCAGGUAUCUUUCGCGAACACGAAGUGCAAGAAGGAUUCGAGGUGCUUGCAGAUUGGCGCGCUUCGGUAUCGGUAGGUGCUGGGCCCAGUGCCGCGACGGCUCUGCGUCGAGCUUCACACUUGCCACCGAGAUGGUCGAGCUUCGCUGGGGAAGGACGAUUGUCCGAUGCCAGACGCGCCAUCUUUGAUCGCCACAUGGCAGGUGGAGAUGUUCGACAAGCGUCGCAUGCGCAGUUAUUUGCUCCACAGCAAAAUACAGAGCGCGAUCUACAACGACGUCACCAUCGGAACAGUCAGAGUAAGGAUGGCGCUACGAACGCUUCCUCCGAGACGCGCCGCUGGAUCUUGCAAGGCGAUACGCGUCAUGCGACCUUCUGCGGGCUGGCGCUCUGGCGUGCUGACGUGCUGUGCCAGACAGAGAACGGUGUGCGCAGAGAAGGCGGCGAAACUCGCGCUGUACUCAAACAGCUCGACCGCCAACAUUUACGCACGCUUGUAGAGUCGGUGCGUGACGACAAUCCGGCUUGGUGCUUCGCUCAAGAAUACAGCGAGCUUGUGUUAAAGGCACUGCAAGAUGCAUCGACGGCCGAAACACAAGCCACUCGAGCUUCUCCCUCUGCCGACGAUCACAAUCAUCACAAUCAUGAGUGUGUUGUCUAG